CGAAGACAACAACGGACCAGGUUUUAGCCAGGGACUAGGGUUUUACCAUUUUUUUUGUGAGCUUCACUCGCUGUAUCUCGGCCUCUGUAGAGAUGACGAAGUUCAGGAAGCUCGGAAGGCCGACGGGUCACCGUAUGUCCAUGCUCAGAACAAUGGUUUCUCAGCUGGUGAAGCACGAGCGCAUCGAAACCACUGUUGCCAAGGCAAAGGAGAUUAGGCGUCUGGCUGAUAAUAUGGUGCAGCUUGGGAAAGAGGGUUCCCUUUGUGCUGCAAGGCGAGCUGCUGCCUUUGUGCGAGGAGAUGAUGUCAUACACAAGCUAUUUACAGAACUGGCUUAUCGUUACAAGGAUAGAGCUGGUGGUUACACAAGAUUGCUACGAACUCGCAUACGAGUUGGUGAUGCUGCACCAAUGGCCUAUAUUGAGUUUGUUGAUAGAGAAAACGAGCUUAGACAGUCGAAGCCUCCUACUCCUCAACCCCCACAAAGAGCUCCAUUGGACCCUUGGACAAGAUCCCGGCUUACCAGGAACUUUGCACCCCCUAAAGAGGAAAAGGGCUCUGAGCCAGAGCUGUCAGAUGACCACUAAGGCUAUCAUUCGAAGAUUUUGUUCUUCAUUUUCUCCUUGCAUGUAACCUCAGUUUUUUUCUGAUUCCCUACAUUUUUGCCACAAACACAUAAUUUUCAGUUCAGCAAUUUCAUGCACCAUCAGCCAAUGCUAUUGCUUUUGCGAGGUAAGUGAUGAGAAAGGCUCUUGCCUUUUCCUUCUCCUGUGCAAGGCUGCUAAAGGCAUUUGCUUUCUUUCAAACAUGCAUCAUGUUCUUUUUCUUUCUCAUGCUGGUAUUCAAUAGUGAAAGUGAUGUACAAAAUGGAAGAUGUUAUAUAUUUUCAGUUCAUACAGACUAUGUCAGCCUGUAAACCCUUUCUUACAAUAAUCCCUUUCUUACAAUAAUAUUAUCUGGGUUUGAUCUCUU